GAUUUAUGAUGUUUUUCGACACAUCUCCAAUUGAUUGGUGGAAGUUCGCUCGUAAGAGAGGCCACCACUGUAUCUAAUGUACCUGAAGCUAGUGAUAUAUAUGCUCUACAUAUGUUUUACCUCCAAGAAGAUUUAAGACAGAUUGAUUCAACUAUAGCAGAAGCAAGAGCACAAAUAAUAAAUGCACGAACUCAAGCCCCCAAAAAUAUUAAAGAGGAAACUUGGCCCAUUGGUUCAUCACCAGCACAUUACCCCGCAACAAGGUUUGAUGUUAUCCAAUGGGAAACUUUCAACACAACCCAUACUUUCCUCCCUAAUGACUUUUAUAACACAAAACGUUUGGUUGGUAUGGAUCUUCAUGAUAUUAUGAGUGUUGUAAAUGCCAGUAUUGCUCACAUGCAUCUCAAGACCAAAGGAAGCCUAGAAUAUCGUGGUAUUGAGUAUGGCCACCGACGGUUAGACCCAACACGAGGGGUGGAUUACAUUCUCUCUCUUAUCUUUCGUGACAACACGUCAGGUCAAACAGUGUCAAGAAAAGUUGAGGCAUCACGUCCCCUCACUGAACCAGAGAUCAUACCAAUGCCAUAUGUCACAGAGAACAAUCGUAUAACUUUGGUGAUGCCUGUGGUUCAGGAUGAAUUGGUAGAAGCUGUGGACUUUGUUAAGAGAUAUGAAGCAGAAUGUAUGGUAACUGGAGAGCACACAUUCCUUCUACUUGCUCUGCUAUAUCUACCUGGGACAUCUUCAUCAGGGGAUGCUGCUGAUGUGUUCAAGCCCCUGAAAGACCUGGCUCUGAAAUACACUCGUGAACAUCAUGAUGCUGGCUCUAAAGUGGGAUGGGUGUCAUUACACACAGUUGGCCAGCGCCCAUCGGACUUCGCAAUUGUUGAUUUGGUUGUAAAAAAAUUCCAGGAUGAUACAUUGAUAUUACUCACAAGACAUUCUUCUCACAUUAGUAAUGACUUCUUGAACCGUGUUAGAAUGAACACGGUACUGAAUUGGCAGGUAUUUUCUGCUGUACCAUUCACCCAAUACCAUCCAGAGACAGUUGAUGACCAGACUAGUUAUGAAAAACUUGAAGUUAAUAGAAAUGUUGGUCAUUUUGAUACAUAUAACUUUGACCACAUCAGCUUCUAUGUUGGCGACUAUAUGGCUGGUAUGUAUUAUGUUCUAGAUAACAUUUGGUACUUUUUAUUUUAUCUUUAA